AUGGGGCUCUCAUCCCGUCUCUUCCGCAUUCCGCGGCCAGAGUCCUUUCUCUACGUUAUGAGCCUGGAGACAGGCGCGUCAUUAAUCACCCUGUCGCUACUAUUGAAUAAGAUCAGUGGCCUCUAUGGCCUCCUCGCCCUGUUGACCGGUUACCACUUGUCGCCUGUACAACUGUCCAUGUACCUGUACUCGCUCAUCGCCCUCGCCAUUACCGCCAUCCUCUUCCCGCACAUCCGAAAACAGUCCCCUCUAGAGUGUCUUGCGCUCGCCUGGCUGUACCUUAUUGACAGCUUGAUCAACGCUGCCUACACUGCCGCCUUUGGGGUGACUUGGUUUCUUGUGGUGUCGCAGGGUUACGAUAGUGGCAAGCCCUCUGGACCAGGCAGCGAAACGAUCGCAGAAACCGCCGGCUUCACCAGCCCCAAGUACGAUGCCGCCUAUGUCGAGAUCCAGCACACGCAGGAGGGAAACAAUUUCAUCCCCCACCCGCCCAGAGCCGCUGACCACCUGAGCAAUGUUGUUGCCCAACCCGAAAGCUUCCAGAGCAUCGUUUUCAUCUCACUUCUGUGGGCCGUGCGCGUCUACUUCGUCUUGGUAAUGCUUGCAUUUGCCCGCCAAACCCUACGUCUGUGGAUUGCGGUCCCCCGACACACCCAACUCCCCACACACAGCCGCAAUGUCUCGAUCGCCAGUGUGGCGGACAUUGACCGUGAACCUUUCACACCUUACAGCCCUGAUGGUCAAGGGUGGAAGGGUAAGCUGGGCCGUAUCAUGGUUGGUAUUGGCCACAGCUACUGGCUCGGUGAAGAGGAAGAGGGUAACUGGCUAGGUAACCUUGGCCAGAAGUUUCGUGCCCGUACCCAAAACAACAAUGAGCUACCGGGUCCCUUGGAGCGAGAGCGAAGACGCCGUUCUGGCACUGGUCCUCCCCAACCUUCUCCAUCAAUCAUUCGCGCCGGCGUUAUUCAACAAUCUAUCCCCGAACACCCGGGGGUCAAUGUUAAAAUGCAGGACUGGUCCGAAUCUCGAUAA